CUGUGGAAACGGUGGCGUGAAGAAGCUUUCAUUGCCUCACAGGUUCGGUUAUCUGCAGCAGUUAAACCACGAGACGGUACAGUCAUGAACCUCGAUGCCAACCAGACUAAACACAUGGCGAGUGUCAGACGGACAGACUGACUGAUGGGCGGCCAGACAGAUGGACAGGAGAGUCACCGGCGAGAUCCAGUUCAUCCAAGAAUUUUUCCCCUCAGCACUCAUUGAGCCGGCCGUGGGAGGAGGGAGGAUAAAGGAAUCCCAGCUUUGCUCCAUUAGCAGCCGAGCGGAGGGAGGAGGGAGGAGAGGUAAAGUUGCUAUGAGUCACGGAGCAGGAUGGGAGGAGACUGGAGGAGAGAGAGGGAUGGAGGAGGAGGGAGGAGAGGUAUAAUUAUGGUGGGAGGCUGCCAGAGCGAGAGAGAGGGAAGAAAGCCGAGGAGAGCGAGUCCAGCCCACUCCACUGAAACCAUUCAACUGGUGCGAGUCCACACAGAAGCAGCAGCAGCAGCAGCAGCGAGGAACUCCCUCCGUCGGAGAACUUCACCCCAGGAACAAGGAACCUCAGCAGCUUCUCCUUCGCUGCUUUCUUUCCCUCCGUCCAUUCAUCACCUCACACACUUCUUUCCCUUUUUCUUCUCCUUGUUUUGUUUUCUUUCUUCUUUCUUUCUUCUUUCUUCUUUCUUUCUUUCUUGUGACGCCUCCACAUUUUCCAGCCAUCUGUCCCUGACAAAAAAGAUAAGGAUUACUCAUUUUCUCUCUCGGCGUUUCUUUUUUUUCUUCUUCUUCUCUUUCUUGUGUCCUCCUCUCUGUCGUUUCUUUGCAGCUUUUUUUCCCUCCGUUUCGCAGGUGGACUGUGAGCUGAGCUGAACUUUGCAGCUUCCAAACUUCUGAGACAAAGACAGUGAGGAGGAGGAAGCUCACUUUGCUCUCCUCCGUCUCCACCCGGGACUCCAUUUUUUUUGGCCCACUUUUGUCCAGAAACUUGACUUUGCUUCCCCCUUUUUUUUUUCUUUCCCGGCCGCGCAUCUGCAUCCACCAGCAUCACCGACCGCGGCCAAUCAGGAGGCGUCAUGUCGGCGCUGCCUCUGCUCAGCUGGAGCCUCCUGCUGCUGGUGCAGCUCGGCGCCGCCUCCGACCUGCAGCCGCUCAGCCUCCAUCCCCACCGCCAGCCCGCCGCCGCCGCCGCACACUGCCCCUCCUGCGCCCUGGCCAGGAUGCGGAGGAACGAAGGGGUCACGGCGGCGGACGCCCCAUCAUUACCCGAGGAGGAGGAGGAGGAGGCGGCUCAGCAGGACGUGGUGGAGGCGGUGAAGAGGCACAUCCUCAACAUGCUGCAUCUGCAGGCCCGGCCCAACAUCACCCGGCCGGUGCCGCGCGCCGCGCUGCUCAACGCCCUGCGGAAGCUGCACGUGGGGCGAGUGGCCGAGGACGGCAGCGUGCAGAUAGAGGAGGACGACGCUCGGGGGAGGGGAGGACGGGGAGGAGCCGCCGGACAGGGGGGAGGAGCCUCGACGGCGACAUCACGGGCCGACGGCGGCGACGCUCAGGAGACCACCGAGAUCAUCACCUUCGCCGAGGCCGGUGAGGUUCCAGGUGUGGUGAACUUCGUCUUGUCUAAAGACGGCGGUGAUCUUUCUCUGGUGGAGCAGGCCAACGUCUGGCUCUUCCUCCGUCUGUCCAAGUCCAACCGGAGCCGAGCCAAAGUCACCAUCCGUCUGUUCCACCAUCGUGGUCCGACCGCCGGCCGGCCGCCGCAGGACGAGGCCCCGCUGGCGGAGAAGACGGUGGACACCCGGCGCAGCGGCUGGCACUCCUUCCCAGUGUCGGCGUCGGUCCAGACGCUACUGGAGGCCGGCGGCUCCACGCUGGGCCUCAGGGUGACCUGUGACCUCUGCGCUGACACCGGCGCCACGCUGGUCCUGGUGUCGGAGGCGUCGCAGCGCGGCGGCCAGCGGGAGCAGUCCCACCGGCCCUUCCUCAUGGCCGUGGUGCGGCAGGGCGACGGCGGAGACUCGCGGCGGCGCCGCAAGCGAGGCCUGGAGUGCGACGGGAAGGUCCGGGUCUGCUGCAAGCGGCAGUUCUACGUCAACUUCAAGGACAUCGGCUGGAACGACUGGAUCAUCGCGCCGCCUGGUUACCACGCCAACUACUGUGAGGGCGAGUGCCCCUCCCACGUGGCCAGCAUUACCGGCUCCACGCUGUCCUUCCACUCCACCGUCAUCAGCCACUACCGCAUGAGGGGCUACAGCCCCUUCCAGAACCUGCGGUCCUGCUGCGUGCCGACCCGGCUACGGGCCAUGUCCAUGCUGUACUACAACGAGGAGCAGAAGAUCAUCAAGAAGGACAUCCAGAACAUGAUAGUCGAGGAGUGCGGCUGUUCAUAAAGCCACUCGGGACUCGGCGGCCGAGGGAAACCGGAGUCGGUCCGACAGUCCGCCGCCCUCCGAGUCGCCGCUCCGAGUCGCUGUCUGGGACUAAAAGUCGACUUCGGCGGAACUCAGAGUCUCCAGGGCGACAAGAAAAAAGAGAGAAAAAAAGAAUAUCUAAUAUAUUUUUGCUACAAAUGGAGGGAGUGAGUCGUAUUUAUGAGGCUGAGACGUUCACGCACCGCCAAGCAUCAACGAGGUGCCUGAAAAAACUACGAACACGAAACUCUAAACUCUAAAACUGUAAAACUAUGCAACUUGUUUCACGUAUUACGACCUUUACCCACUUUACUCUGUUUGUUCCAACUGUUUACUUUAAAAUGUCCGACGAAGAAAGACUCUGUGUGUGUUACUGUGUAUGUUACAGUGUGUGUGUGUGUUACAGUGUGUGUGUUACAGUGUGUGUGUUACAGUGUGUGUGUCUGUGUGUGUGUGUGUGUGUGUGUGUGUGUUACAGUGUGUGUGUCUGUGUGUGUGUGUGUGUGUGUUACAGUGUGUGUGUGUGUGUGUGUGUGUGUUACAGUGUGUGUGUGUUACAGUGUGUGUGUUACAGUGUGUGUGUCUGUGUGUGUGGAGAGAUACUUGAAAGAAACAAGUUGGCGGCUGCUGGAACCAAACACUUCUUUUCGUUGCCAUGGUUACCAUGUUGAUGUUCUAAUUAUUAUUGUCAGUAUAUUAAUAUUAUUGUUGAUUUUUGAACGUUACAAACGUUGUUUUGCACUAAUAGUGAGAAACUCCCACUAAAACACCUUCUGAUUGGCCGAGCCGGCUGUCAGUCAGGCAGAGGUUCUACAGAGACUGAAGAGAAGAAAAACGAGAUUCAAAAGUUAAAAAAACUGCUUUUUUUCUGUGUUUGUUUCAAGAAAAUUGAAAAAAGAUGAAGUGUGUUUCAAACCGAUGCCUGGAAAAACACAAAAAUAACCGAAAACCUGCGCUAAGAGUCAAACAUCAGGUUUCUGUCCACAUCUGUAGCGAUGCUGACAGUUAGCUCGGCUACAAACAUCACGUUGUUCCGAAGCUGCAUCUGAACUAAAAGCACUUAGAGGAAGAAAAAGGUCCUCGGUAAUCGGCCUAAAUAAUGAAGUCUGAGCUGCCCCGAAAUUAAAAAUGUUUUAGGUGAUGUUUUUCACUCAAAAAAUUCAUAAAAAUAUCCUUAAAGUAACUUUACGUUGACAUUAAAACGACCUUCAGCUAAAUCAACAGGUUUAAAAAAACAUCAUCAGCAACAAAUCUGAGCUUCAAAUGAUCUCGUUGGAAUGUUUUCCAAAAAUAAACCUUCAGUUGGAAUCAGAAACAAACAAAAAAUUUUAGCAUUAUUUUUUAUUUUUCAUAGAAUUUGGUUCAAGCAAAGAUUUUUGUUUAUCUUUUUUUAAAUUUUGUGGAAUUUUUGUUUUUCGUAAAAUCUUAUUCCAACAGAUGGUUUAUUUUUGGUGAGUUUUUAAAGAUUUGGUAGAUUUUUUGUUUUGCAAAAAAUCUGAUUUAAGCAAAAGGUUUAUUUUUGGUUAAUUUUGAAAUAUUUCGCAAUUUUUUGUCCUCACAGAAUCUGAUUCCAGGAAAAUGUUUAUUUUUGCUGGGUUUUUGAAAAUAUUGCAAAUUUUUUGUUUUUCCCAGAAUCUGGUUCGAGGAAAGGGUUUAUUUUUGGUUAGUUUUUAGAGAUUUUGCAGAAUUUCUUGUUUUUCACAGAAUGUGGUUCCAGGAAAACGUUUAUUUUUGGUGAAUUUUAAAUAUUUCGGAUAAAGAGACGAGUCGAGCAGCAGGAAAGCCACCAGAUUUUUCUAAAAGAUAAAGCGACUUUUAAACCUGCCGGCUGGUUUCUGGAUGGUUUUUACACCGAUUUGAGGUCGUUUUUGACUCUUUCUGAAAUUGGUUUUAAAAUGAGAAGCUUCGACGUUGCUGCAGUAAAUUCUCAGCAGGUCUUUUGGUAAAACAGAAACAAACCUCGAGUUCGCUUUAGGACGCCAAAGAGUCGACCAGAUUCUCUUCCUCCAGCCUGAUUGGUGUAAAAACUGCAGACGAUUCCGAAUAAAGUCUGUAAAAUGUGGACGUUUCACUUCGUAGCUUCGUUUAGUUUCUCCUUUACUUGUGGUGGGUUUUUUUUCUGGUCCACGACUCCAUUUCCCAUGAUGCUUUACUGCUCAGCGCCAUGUUUCUGGGAGGAAACGGAUGUCAGGUUCUGCUUGUUUUCCGAUGGUUUGUUCGCCCAAAGUCUGGACGGUCAGCCGCCUCUCCACGGUUUAUUUGUGCUUUUCUUUCUUCGGGUCGUCGGUGUUCUUCUGGACCGUGUACAAACAAAACGUCAGUGCAGAAAAAAAGCCUAAAAAAAGGACUAAAAGAGGAAGUGGUUGUGUUAGGUUCCGAUUCUGUUAUUUUUGUCAAGACGAAAAAAAAUGACACUGAACGAAGUGGACAAAGAAUAAAAAGUCUAUUUUUUAUUCUGUAUAUAUGGAACCAAGACUCCAGUCUGUUGCGUUGCUUUGUUGUACAAAUCCAAUGUGCUUGUGGCAUUUUUCUAAUCUAAUUUAUUUUACCGUAUUUUUUGUUUAUUGUUCUCUGCUUCACCAUUAAAGUUUAAAGGAUGUACACAAAGAAA